AAAUGUCUGACCAGAAAAAUAUUGUACACAGAGCGCAUUGUAUUGAAAAGCUACUGUCUGAGAACAAUUUCCAAGAUAUUGAGGAUCAUCUCAAAGAACUUGAAGAUGUUGAUAUGACUAUAGAAUAUCUUCAGGGGACAGAAGUUGCCAAGGCUGUAUACAGAGUACUCAAGAGCUGCCCUUCAGUAGAGUUGAAAAAGAAAGCAAAGCGGUUAUUAUCAAGGUGGAAAGCACUUUACAAGAAUAACUGUGUUCAGUCAAUGCAAGUUAAAAAGUCAGUUUCUGUGUACGUGAAAGAGGAAAUUGAACGUCUUGGUGUGGUUCCUAGAGAGCAAUCGCUGUCUGAAGGACCGUGUCAGCAGGACGCAUUAGAUGCUACUAGUUCUAAAAUUUUGGUCCCAUUGCAAACUGUUAAAAAUGUGGUAUGUAACGACGCAGAAGGCAGCAUGAAUCAGCUUUCUUCUUUUGAGGAACAACACACUGAUAAUGAAGAUUCUAAACCUCUUGUUAACGAAGGAAGUCUGCAGCAGGAUCCGAUGAGAGCUCUGAGGUGUAAAUGUACGGAUCUUCUUUAUAAAGCUUUGACUGGUUCUACCAAAGACGAAGAAGAAACUAAUAAAUGGCUAGAGCUAUCUAAAGAAAUCGAAGAACAUAUUUUUGCUCUUCAUGCUAAAAAUGACAAAAGGUAUAAAAAUUGCAUCAGAAGCAAAAUCUCUAACCUCAAGAACCCUAAAAGUUGCCACUUAAAACAUAACCUUUUUUCAGGGACGUUGAGUCCAAAGGCUUUUGCUGAGAUGACAGUGAUGGAAAUGGCCAGCGAUGAACUGAAACAGCUCAGGGCUCUGUACACAGAAUCAUCUGUUCAGGAACAUCAGCUUCCACAAGUUAUUAAUGGCACACAGACAAAUAAAAUAAAAUGUAGGCGCUGUGAAAAAUUUGAUUGCACUGUCACUAUGAUCGCCAGAGGAACUCUCUUUCUUCCAGGUUGGGUGCGAAACACAAAUCCAGAUGAACAAAUGUUGACUUACGUUAUUUGUAAUGAAUGUGGAGAACAGUGGUAUCACAGCAGAUGGAUUUGUUUGUAAUGCUAUUCCUCUUUAAUAAGUGGUUUGGAAACAUAGCUAUGAGAAGGUAUCUCUGUUGAAACUGUAUAAUUUGAAAUUUUGUAUUGGUAUUAUGUAGAUGCUGCCUCUAAAAAGCGCAAAAUCAGUUUUAAAAAAUUGCUAAGUUAUUUCUGAAGAUGACUUGAAUAAAUCUGUGUUUUUAAGUAAUGUCAAUAUGUAAAGAAAUAAAAGAAGAAAGGGAAAAAAUGGUAACACUA